CAAAGCAAAAUGACUGGCCGUGGUAAAGGAGGAAAAGGACUCGGAAAGGGAGGCGCCAAGCGUCAUCGCAAGGUUCUUCGUGAUAACAUCCAGGGUAUUACCAAGCCCGCUAUCCGUCGUUUGGCUCGUCGUGGAGGCGUCAAGCGUAUUUCUGGUUUGAUCUAUGAGGAAACCCGUGGCGUACUGAAGGUUUUCCUGGAAAACGUCAUCCGUGACGCUGUUACCUAUACCGAACACGCCAAGCGAAAGACCGUCACUGCCAUGGACGUUGUCUAUGCUCUGAAGCGUCAGGGACGUACUCUGUACGGAUUUGGAGGUUAAAUAAUUAGGACUGCUUACAAAAAAGGCCCUUAUAAGGGCCACAAUACGAUGAAUGAAGAUUUUAAUUGAAGUUUGCUCCGCUGUUACAGAAGUAACAGCUUACGAUUUGUUUAGAGCAUAAAUUUGAAAGAACAUUUUUAAUUCAAGGCGUUUGAUUUUUUAUUGUGUCUGUAUCAGUCAAUAAAAUUAAAAUAUUAACGUUAAUUGACUAUAGGUUUACAUAGUUAUGCUAAUGUUAUGCUUACUCUCACUAGUAUCCCGAAGCUCUUGGUUGUCAUAACAUAACAAGAUUACGGUGUACGAGAUGAUUGCCGCUCCAAUUGUAAAUUAUGCUAUAUGUCAGUGUGUGAGCCUCAUGUGCAAAAGCGAAAAACAGAGUACUGAGAAACAUCCUUAACCUUUCAACACAAGGAUCUCUAACCUACACCGAGCUACUGGGUAUAAAACAAUACAGCAGCGCAUAGAUGAGUCAAAUAUUAGUAUCUCCUGUGAACAUCGGAUCUUGCGAGUUAUUAUAAAUUAGUAGAAUAGUUCUAGCACAAGUAGGCUUCUUGUUAUUGUAAUUCAAUUACUGAUGAGCACUUUCCGCAAUGUAAAACAAAUUAUCGAUAGAGUGAAAUUCAAAUAUCGAUAGAGAAAGCAAAAAUAUUGUAAGCCCUUUGAAAUUUAAAAUGUUAUUUAACACAAAGUAAAAAUAAAUAUCAAUUUAAU